CCUAUAAAGCCUUCGAUCAGGGGAUUGCCGAUAUGGUAUAUUAUGCAUCGUAGUGUGUAUAUUGUAAGGUAAUAUUAUACCAAUGUUACUGUAUAAAGUCUUAAGUACAACCCAGGGGAGUGUAGACAAGGUAAACAAGUGGGUCGGUUAUACACCUUUAAUCAUGGUGUAAAAGUCAGCCUUCAACGUAUUGGAAAGAUCCAGGUUGAGACUGCAUGGUGUUAAACAUUGGGAAGAUAACUCCAUCCUUGACAGCAUCAGUGAGUCAAAAUGUCUUUGUGGAUUAUGUACUGGGUAUUAAGAGCGGUUGAUCAUAUUUUCCUUCUAUUGGUCAUUUUGUUUCUUACAUGGUAUUUAUAUCCACGGAAAAGAAACACAAACCGUCUUCAGGAUGAAUCAGAUUCAGAAAACCAGACUGUAGAUGCCGAGACAGACAGUCAUAGUAGCAACGUGAAUAACUCGAGAGGCGACAAAAGCAAAGUAAUAAACAGCUGUAUGAUUAGAGAAUGUGGCCUUAUGCGAGAUCGGGAUUAUCAAAAAAUACGGAGAUUUUUUCCCGUUCUUCUAAAAGAAUUGAAUUCGAAGGACUUGUGUAUAGCAUUAUUUAGUAGAGGAGUAUUCAACGCAGACGAUAAAGAAAACAUAGAGGCAAUAGAGGGUCGAGCAAAUCAAUGUAACAAACUUUUAAUGACAGUGAUGCGAUGUGGCCCCAACGUAUUUCCAAAAUUCUUAGAUGCACUUGCUGCUACAGGACAUCAUCAUGCGAGGGAUUUAUUAGAAGCAGAUAUACCCGAAGACGACCGUGGGGACCCAAGUCAUUUUGUUGUAAAUAUAAAUUUGCCAGAUAUUACCUUCCAUCCAGAUUACAAUAAUCGUAAUAGCUACCAGUUCAGAUGUUUAUCGAACGAUCUGGAAAAUUCUUGUAAAGAGGUGUUAAGAAAACAUGGUUUGACUGAACUUGAGGUUAAAGUAGUAGACGCAAGAGAAGGAUCAACAAUAGCAACCGUUGUCUUUACUACCUACCCGAAGACUAACAGUAAAAAUCUAAAACCAAUCCUGGAACAAAUUAUGGAAUCAGGAUAUAUUGGGCCAUAUAAAGUGUCAAGAGACCAUUUUUCAUUUUGUCUUUUUGAAGAUCAAAGAUCGUACCAAGAAAGUGAACGUAUGAUUCAACAAUUCAAAGACGAAAGGGAUAGCGAAAUGGCGAAAUUGAAACAACUAAUAGAAAGUAAGAUAACCGAAAGACACCGCGAAUCUAUGGAUAAAAUACAAGACCAAAUUAAGGAUAUGGACCAUCGAAUAAUGAAGUUGGAGACAUCAAGUAAUUCAGAAAACCAGACCAAAGAUUCUAAGUCUAUCAAAAUGCAAGAAAAACGAUGUGGGGCCAUGUUGGAUAUAGACUAUCAUAAGAUACGGAAAAAUUUUAUGUACUUAAUUGAAAAUAUAGAAGACCCUACACGUCUAUCUCUAUCGCUGUGUCGGUGGGGUGUUUUUGAUAGCGAAGAUGUGAAUAAAAUACGGAAGCUUUUUGUACGAACAGAUCGACGAAAUGCAAUAGAAAGGCUUCUAUUCAUUUUACUGGACAGUGGUAGAGAUGCGUAUCAACCGUUUUUAAAGUGUUUAACUGAAGUGGGAAAUGAUCAGGUUAUUGAAAGGCUUCAAUAUCCUGAAGGGGAGUCAAACAAACAACGAAGCGAGGAACUAAGACUAAUAGAAGAAAGGGAAGCAUUAAUGGAAUGGGUGGUCGCAAAGGAAAAAAAGCUUCGGGAAGCAGUAAAAGAAAAGGAGAACGUUGUCCAGGCGUUACAGAGCAAAAAUGAACUCAUUAAUACGGAGCUAGAUAAAUUAAAAAAUAAGGUGAUCAAGAUGGAGAAUGAAAAACAGAGCGAGAAAGAUGAGAGGGUACAAGAAAUUAGUCGUCUAAAAGAAAGAGAAGAUGAACUUCUAAAGAAACAUGAGGAAGUAAGAACAAAACAACAAAGAUUCCUCAACGAGAUACGCAAUCUGGAGUCACGUGUGGAAGAUUUUAAAGUAGCAACAAUCAGCAGAGAUAGUGAAUUGCCUACGCUACAGUCUGAUAUCACAAAUAUCUUUACGCUACUGCAAAAAUCUGCCACUCUGAAUACGGAAGACAUAAUGGAAGAAUGGUAAAUACAGAUUACAGACGCAUACGGAAGAAUUUUGUGUACUUUAUCAACAAUAUAGGAGAACCUACACGUCUAUAUCUAUCGCUGUUUUUAUACGCCCACAUUUUCAUGUGGACGCAUAUUGUCGUCGCCCCUGUCCGGACGUCCAUCCACAAUUGUUUGUGAACAGUCUACAGGUCACAAUUUUUAUCCGAUUUCAAUGAAACUUGAAAUAUAGGUUUAUCACCUUAACAUCUCGGUUCCUUUUGAUAUUGCCAUGUAUCGGACUGUAACUUCAUGGAUUAUGGCCCCUGAUUGUACGAAAAUUCACGUUUUUAGCUUGUGAACACUGUAGAGGUCACAAUUUUUAUCCGAUUUAGUUUAAACUUGAAAUGUAUGAUUAUAAACCAAAGAUCUCGGUUCGUUUCGAUAUUUGGGCAUAUCGGAACUUAACUUCCUGAAUUAUGGCCCCUGAUUUUACGAAAAAUCGCGUUUUUAGCUUUUGGACCCUAUAAAGGUCAUAAUUUUUAUCCGAUUUAAAAGAAAAACGUAUUAUUAUAUCACCGUUAAUCCCUAAGGACGGCUGAGUUCGAAUUUCGUGAAAAUCGGCCAAAGACUGACAGACAAAAUGGCCGCCGUUCGUUCUCAAAAAGCGUAAAAAUAUGGUAUAUCAAGGUUGUGGACCCUAUAGAGGUCACAAUUUUUAUCCGAUUUUGUUGAACCUUGAAAUGUAAGUUUAUAACCCAAAGAUCUCGGAUCGUUUCGAUAUUCGUGCAUAUCGGACCGUAACUUCCUGAAUUAUGGCCCCUGAUUGUACGAAAAAAUGCGUUUUUAGCUUGUGGACCCAAUAGAGGUCAUAAUUUUUAUCUGAUUUAAAAAAACGUAUUAUUGUAUCACCGGUAGACCCUAAGGACGACUGAGUUCGAAUUUCGUGAAAAUCGGCCAAAAACUGACAAACAACAUGGCCGCCCUUCGUUCUCAAAUAGCGUAAAAAUAUGGUAUAUCAAGGUUGUGGACCCUAUAGAGGUCACAAUUUUUAUCCGAUUUUGUUGAAACUUGAAAUGUACGUUUAUAACCCAAAGAUCUCGGUUCCUGUUGAUAUUCGCGCAUAUCGGACGGUAACUUCCUGAAUUAUGGCCCCUGAUUGUACGAAAAAUCACUUUCUUUUUAGUUUGUUCUCCAUCCAUCUCUCGAAAAUGUGGGCGUAUCCUGCCUGGCAGCCGCUGGUAGCUUGUCACAUUGUGUUUUUGAUGAAGAUGGUGUAGAAAAAAUAAAGAGAUGUCUUCAAAAUGAAACCCCACGAGAUACAACAGAAAAGCUUCUUUUCAUUUUACUUGAUUGCAGCGAAAACGCAUACCAACCGUUUUUGGAGUGUUUAGCUGAAGUGGGUUAUAUAAAUGGUCCUAUCUUUCAUUGCCAGCUAGGCUAAUGAAGGCAAUUAGGAAAGUUGAAACUUCGGGUGAAAUAGUAUUAUUUGAUAACUUUCUGCAGUAUUAGUUCAUGAAUGUAUAUUGUUUGCGAGAGCUACAUAAUUUUAACGGAUAUAUUGUUUGCUGUAAAAUCAAAUUCUGACCAGGAUUGGCAAAACUUCAGACAUAAUAGAAACGUAUUAAUUAAGAAAUGUAAGAAAGAAUAUUUUCAAAAACGGGACGAUAAAAUCAAUGAUCUAAAAAAAACUUUGGCAGUAAAGAUUGGUUGGUGGAAUCGUACCAAUUAUAUGUAUAAGGUAAACAAUCCACAAACAUCGAUUUGCCCCAAAUUGUCAACAAUGCAGCCAAGGCAAACACUCUUAAAAAUACAUUAUGUAAGAUUUAGAUAAAGAGCUGACCAUUCUUGCUCUAAUGGUUCGAAAAUAGAUAAUGUAAAAUGAAAAUAUUGAAAAUUUCAUUCAAAUUACAUCAUUCUGAGCCAAGUUAUCACUGUUUGCAGUUUUGACAAGAUGUGUACAUUGUGGUAAAAAAGGAACUGGUAUAUUCAAGACUUAGCCUUGCUUUCUCAUUUUUAAAUUAAAUUUUUAAAUGGCGAACCGUUCUAAUCCGGUUAAAAUAUCGAGUAUCCGAUGCCAUCGACAGUUGAUUGUGGACUUGUUUUGUUUAUAAAUGUCUAAUUAAUAGUUUAUAUAACAUUUCAGGCCUAAAGAAAGACCUGCAAUAGGCAGGUUUAGCUCUUGCAUAAUGUAUGUUUAACAAAUUCUUUAUCAAACACACGCAACAAAUUCUCUAGCUCGACACAGCCAAUGUACAUCUUUCAAUUCUUAAACAAAAUCCAUCUUCAUCGUGCAGUAUUGAGCUCAGGAGGUUAAGGUCAUGCUUCUAUCUAUUGUUGAUGUUUCUAAAGCCAUUGGACCAGACAAAAUCAAUGGAAAACUUUUGAAGUCUAUCAUUUUUUUCAAAUUUCUGUAAAGGCUCGAUUCCUCCCGAACCAGUAAGGUCUUAUGUAAACAAUGCACGCACCAUUGAGCCAAUUAUUGAUGCCGCGUGAUGAGGUGUUACGAUAGAAAUAGAAGAUGUAAACACACUAUCACGAUUCGCACCAGGAAAACGCGUUUGCGGCAGUCAAAUUUUCUUGGGGGAGGGGGAGAGCCCGGGUCCUACAUAGUAAGCUCCGCCCCUUCGCCUCUCGCAGACAAUCGGCAUCGCCGUCUGUAACCCCAAUUCUUACCAGCAUUUCAGGUUCUUCCCCCUCCCUUCUAACAUUCAUCGAGCCCGUGUGCAUAUAUUGCAAGCUGCUGUCUUACUGCGCCACGGCACCACAGUGGCUGUCAGCCUAAGCGUCAGUUUUAGAUCAUAGGUUUAGGGUGGAGAUCGGGAUUUGGAUCCUAGGCGUGGGUUUCUUACCUCGCAGUAGAGAAGAUGCGCAAGAUCGACAACGACUACUUUAUAAACGUCUGUACUAAAAAAAUAAUUUAGGACCCACCCUUAUAAUUGUGUUUAAACUGUCACCGCAAAAUAUGAGCGUCGGACAGACUGACGACCAAUUUCCGUAUUGUACGAGUAAAGGAAUAAACGUUGUUUUUCUUUAGGUUAAAAUUUACAACAAUGGGACUUUGAUCACUUAUACAAGAUUCUAAAACGUCUACACUGUUCACGAGGUGAGAAGGGGAGGGGGGAUGGCCGAAUGGUUAGCACGAGCGCGCUGUAUCGUGGGUUUUCUCCGGGUCCUCCCACUGCUAAAGACCCCUACGCGCAAGCGAAUUAUUGAAAUAAAAUUAAACCAUACGCUAGUCCCGAAAUGACCUAGUCUGUGUCGAGUGGACGUUAAACCCGAUCUCUUUCUCUCUCUCUUUCUCUCUUUAUAGUCGUCAUAUAUGUAAUGAUCGUAACUAUGGAAACAGUUUUAUAUAAGCAGUUUUGCUUGUUACUGCAUCCUAUUCACUUAUAUUCUCUUAAAUAAUAAAUUGUGAAAACUAGUGUUCUCCUGAACAAAAUACUGUUUAAACCAAUUAAUAAUUAAACAGGCAUUGUGUGUCAUAGCGUGAUUAACUUACCUGGUAUAUAUCACUGUAUAAUGCCUUUAAAACGUAUAAAACGUUUAAUCGAUCAGAGGAUUGCAGACAAGGUAAACAAGUGGAUCGAUUAUACCACACUGAUCAGCAGUGAAUAUCCGAUUGUCCUCUAUAAUCACUGAAAAAUAAAUAAAGAUGUUUCAUUCUAUUCGGACUGGUAAACAGUGCACGCACCAUUAAUCCACUGAUGACACCGCGUGAUGUAAAGUCACAAACUGAAAGCAUUCAUCUUUUACAGAGUUAUUCGUUUGGGCAAUACCUCUGGGCAACAGAUUGCCGUUAUAAAUGUUUAGUCAGACUUCAUCUUAUUGGAAAGAUCAAAGUUAAGAUUGCAUGGUACUAGCAAUAGGGAAGAUAACUCGAUCCUUGGCAGUCAUCAGUGAGCCAAAAUGUCUUUGUGGAUUAUGUACUGGAUAUUAAGAGCGGUUGAUCAUAUUUUCCUUCUAUUGGUCAUUUUGUUUCUUACAUGUUAUUUAUAUCUAUGGACAAGAAACACAAACCGUCUUCGGGAUGAAUCAGAAUCAGAAAACCAGACUAUAGAUGUUGGGACAGACAGUCGGAAUAGCAAUGUGAAUAACUCGAGAGGCGACAGAAGCAAAGUAAUAAACAAAAAGGGAUGUUCUUCUAAACAAGAUGAACAUUGGCACCAAGAAGUUUUACUUAAGAUCCAACCAGAUCCUGAAAUAUCUACGUUGAAACUGAUAAUCCAACAACCGAAAGAGGAAACGGGUCGUGAAUUAUCCUUGUUGAAGCGUUGGCUUAAAGAUAUUGAGCAAAGAGUUAUGAAGUUGGAGGCAGCUAGUAAUCCGAGAAAACAUACUGACUGUCAUGUGUUUGUUAAAAUACCAGAAAGCACCAACCUUGAACACAGUGAAAAUCUAUACGAAGAUAUAAAUAUUGAAACGUUGGAUGUAUGUUGUAAUGGCAAUGGUCAACAGCAAAUUCAUCCGGUUCUUGGUACUGUCACCAGUUUGGGUUCUACGGCUAAAGCUAUCCUAGGUUGUAAUGCUAACGAACAACAGGAUUCAAUAUCCAAGACAAGGACGCACAUUAUUUCAUUACACGAGGCGUGCAUAAAAGGGGAUUUGAAUAAUCUGAAGGAUUUAAUUGACGCUGGCCAUGAUAUAAAUGAGAGGUAUGAAGGUGGUAUGACACCAAUAUUAUAUUGCGGUAAAUCACAAAUAGAACCCGUUUCUAAAAUUAAACUGAUACUAAAUAAAAGUGGUAAUAUAGAUGAUACAGAUACAGAUGGUAACAAUGUGUUACACUUAGCUUGUGAGUAUUGUAGUCUUGAAACUGUACAGUAUUUACUAGAACUGGGUGUAGACCAUCAUAGUAGGGGUUUUAAUGGCCAAACACCAUUAUUGUGCUGUUCUAGGUCACAAAUUGAACCCGUUUCUAAAAUUAAAUUGAUAUUAGAUAAAGGUGGUAAUAUAGAUGAUAAAGAUAAAGACAAUAACAAUAUGUUGCACCUAGCUUGUUGGUAUGGUAGUCUUAAAACUGUACAGUAUUUACUUGAACAAGGUUUAGAACAUCAUAGAUGCGGUUUACCAAAAAUUGGUCGAUGUUCAAAUAUUACAUACAGAUAUGCUAGAAGACCUGUAGAUAUAUGUACAUCUUUAUGUACAUGUAUUGGCUUUCAUGGCCAAACACCAAUAUUAUAUUGCAGUCAAUCACAAAUUGAACCCGUUUCUAAAAUUAAAUUGAUACUAGAUAAAGGUGGCAAUAUAGAUGAUAGAGAUACAGAAAAUAACAAUAUGUUAGAGCUAGCUUGUAGGUAUGGUCGUCUUGAAACUGUACAGUAUUUACUUGAACUGGGAAAAAACGUUCAUGACAGACAUUGGCUAAGGUUUAGGAAAAAACCAAUAUUAUAUUGUAGUCAAUCACAAAUUGAGCCCGUUUCCAAGAUUAAAAUUAUACUAGAUAAAGGUGGCAAUAUAGAUGAUAGAGAUACAGAUGGUAACAAUAUGUUACACCGAGCUUGUAUGUAUGGUAGUCUUGAAACUGUAGACUACUUACUAGAACUUGGGUUAGACGUUCAUAGUAGGGGUUUUCAUGGUCAAACACCAAUAUUAUAUUGCAGUCAAUCAGACGUUGAACCCCUUUCUAAAAUUAAAAUGAUACUAGGUAAUGGUGGUAAUAUCGAUGAUAGAGAUGCAAACGAUAAUAAUAUGUUACACCUAGCUUGUAGGCAUGGUCGUCUUGAAACUGUGGACUACAUACUAGGACUUGGUUUAGAUCUAAAGAGUAUAAAUAAAUAUGGUAAAACACCUGUAGAUGUUUGUAGGUAUUCAAAAGAGUCAGACGAAAUGAUUAAAUUAAUAGGAAAAAAGUUAAAAUUGUGAAUCGUGUGAUAUUAUUAACCGUUUAUUUGUGUCAGCUAACUGUAUUAUCAUUUUAUUUUCCAUCGUGAUUAAUUAUGGUGGUUGUCUCCACUUUAAAUCAUAUCUCAAAUCGAUAUUCAGAGCAAGAACCACAACUUUUAAUAUAUCCAUACUUUUUCAUAAAUGUUACAAUAGUCAAAUUGUUCUAUAUUUGUUGAUUUUGUCAAAACUUUCUAUUAAUGUUAAUAAAUAUAUAGUCAAACUGUUACGAGGGAAGUCUCGGGUAACAUUCUUGGGCGCGAACUCAAGACACUCUUCAUCCAGGGCCCACGACAGCACCUUGUUCCACUCAUAGGGCCCCGAUCCGUCCUUGUUCCACUAGAGGCUCUCGUCACCUUUCUAUAAAUGUUGAAAUAAUCUAAUUUUUCUAUCAAUGUUAAUAUAGUCAAACCUUUCUAGUCCGAACGACCAGACACUGUUUCUUACCAGACCCUUCGUCCUGCACCACCGACAUGGGGAAGUCUCGAGGAUCAUUCUCGGCCAACACAGGGCGCUAACUCAAAACAUCCUGGUAAACGAGCCAGUGCCUUUUUUUACGUUUUUAACCCAUUGAGCCACCGCGGAUUCCUAUUUGAAACAAUAUUUUGCGAGAGUUAAAUACUUUUAAACGGAUGCAUGUCCUGUUUAUCCUCACACCAAAUUUCUUAAUACGAUUUUGACCUUAGCAUUUAUAUUCAUAUCAAGAAAUGUUUCCCAUGUUGUAAGUGAAAUACGUCUUUUAUUAAAGGAGCUUAAUCACUAUUCUUUGGCACCUAGAAAUGGACACAAAUGGGUGGCAACGCAUAUAAUAAUAUAAUAUGAAUGUAUAUAAACUGAUUUACAUUCAAUCGUGUCUGUUUUUACUGCAAUUUCUAACCAGUUAUGUUCGGUGAAAUACGCGAACAAUCUGAAUUGAAUGGCAGUCUUUGGUGUCUGGUUAUUCCAUUCUACACAGGUAGUAUGCUCCUACAUCGAGUCGAUUCCAAGAACUGGCAUCCAAAAGAAUUCUGGUACACAUUCCUUGUGCCAAUUUUUAAAAAUUUUAUUUUGUCUUAAGCAUUGGAUAUCAGAAGCCAAACUUUUCACAGUAAGACUGUGGAUACUAUUGAGAUUUAGAUGAAUACUAGCCAUUAUUGCUAUAAUAGUUCGAAAGUAGAUGAUGUAAAAUGAAUAAUUUGAAAAUUUCAUUCAAAUUACUCUAUUGCGGAUGAAGAUAUUAGCCUUUGAAGGUUUGACAGACGUGUGCAAUAAUUUCAACCACCGUACUGGUUGAUCGAAGCUAAGUCUCGGUCCUCCAUAUUUGAUUAAAUCAAAGUAUCGCUGAACCAUUCUAAUCUAUUUAAUAUCGGAGAAAUCUGAUCCCAUCGAGAGUUGAUUUAGGACUGGAUCAUAAUUAAUACUUUAGAAGACAUUUCAGGCCUAAAGAAAGACCUGCAAUAGGCAGAUUUAGCUCUUGCAUAAUGCAUGUUUAAUCGUACUACAAGACAUUAUAGUGUU